UGUUGCUCGCCUCUUUCGUCGCUCUCAGCCAGUCCGCCUGACCGCCUCUCGGCUCUCGCUACGGGAGUACCGGCUACUGCCCCUCUCGUCUCCUCUCAGGACUCAGAGUCCUCUGUGGCACUGUCGCUCUGUCCCUAUCUGUGCCUCUGUCCUCGCACUGUCCCUGGUCGCACCUCGCCAGUCGCCACCAAACACGGAACACCAGUCACCGGUCGCCGCCUUACCGGUCAGCAGGACAGCAGGAGUCCUCGUUGGUUCCUAAUCUCAGUCUCAGUGUCUCACAAUCUCAGUUUUCGUACAAACGUAUGCCUCAUUUGGGAAGCCCUUUUUAUCUUCGAAAGUUUGAAACAGUAAACGAGAAAUCUCAGAACGGAAGAAACGAGAAAACCUAAGACAAAGCCAUGAUAAGGUUGAAGAUGAUUAGGGAGAGAUCGCUGAAGUUCGUCGUUUCAGCAUCUUUGCUUCUUCUAGCAACUUGUGUCUACAGUACGAUCUCGUCCGAUGCUUCCAGCGACGGUGCGGCUUCAACGGCUACCACAAUGCACACUAACAACUGGGCUGUUUUGGUCUGCACCUCUCGCUUUUGGUUUAACUACCGUCACAUGGCAAACACUUUGUCUUUAUACAGAACUGUAAAACGGUUGGGCAUACCAGAUGAAAGAAUUAUUCUGAUGUUGGCUGAUGAUAUGGCUUGCAAUGCACGGAACAAAUACCCUGCUCAAGUCUUUAAUAAUGAAAACCAUAGGCUUAACUUGUAUGGAGAUAAUGUCGAGGUAGAUUAUCGAGGGUAUGAAGUAACUGUUGAGAACUUCUUCAGAGUCUUAACGGGCCGUCAUGAAGCUGCUGUCCCCCGGUCAAAACGUCUUUUAAGUGAUGAAGGAAGCCACAUACUGGUUUAUAUGACAGGGCAUGGUGGAGAUGAGUUCUUAAAAUUUCAAGAUGCAGAGGAGCUUCAGAGUCAUGAUUUAGCUGAUGCAGUGAAACAAAUGAAAGAAAAGCGUAGAUUCAAGGAGCUGUUAAUAAUGGUUGAUACUUGUCAAGCUGCUACACUUUUCUCUCAGCUUCAUUCACCUGGGGUUUUGGCUAUUGGAAGUAGCAAGAAAGGAGAAAAUUCCUAUUCACACCACCUAGACUCUGAUGUUGGUGUCUCAGUUAUAGAUCGAUUCACAUUUUAUACCCUUGCCUUUUUUGAGAGGGUAAAUAUGUAUAGCAAUGCAUCAUUAAGCAGUCUCUUCAAUUCAUAUAACCCAAAUUUGUUGAUGUCAACGGCAUAUUAUCGAACUGAUCUAUACCCGCGUCUACUGGAGGAGGUGCCCGUGACAAACUUUUUUGGUUCAGUCAUGGAGACAAUCCACACUGAUUCUGCAUACAAAGCUUUCUCUACUGAAAGAGCUACUAUCCAGAAGCCAGUUGAUCAAUCCGACCAUUACAUACGAAGAACACUAUCCAGCUCUGAUGAUCAAGAGCAAACUAGUGACUCAAAUACCAAGGGUCAACCAGUAAAUUGUCCUUUCACACGUUUUUGGAGUUCUAUCCACAUCAAGAUGGAAAGGAUCAAGGAUGUGGAUAGCCUGAUGUCAUAUGGCUUGGCAUUAAUGCUCCCCUUGGUGGCGAUUUCCUCUUGGGUGUCACAUCGAUGAUUGAAAAGGAUGAUCCAAGAGAAGCACAAACAAGCUGUCGUUUCCAUGAAGAAUGAAAAUCCCGAACCUUAUCAGAAACAGUUGCAAUGGAAGAACUGAAUUCCCAAAUGCAACUGCUGUCAGUCGGUUGAUUGAAUGAGAUGAGAUUGUAUUUAUCCAUGAACACUCUUGUGCUCAAAUUUAAUAUCCUCGACGAGUUAGUCCCUCAGAUAGGGUAUAGGACUUCUCUUUAAUUUUUUUUGCCUAAUCUGUAAAAUUGCAUUUUUUUUCACUGAUUUAGUGCCUGGAAAUUUGGUAUUGUUGUAUGUUCGUUUUGUAUUGAUGUAAGACUACAUCAUUGAGGACUUCCACACUUGAAUUGCAUGAAUAUAGGUUCCCCCCCACCCCCUCUCUUUUUUUGCCUUCCAA